AUGGCCGAGUACGAGGCACAGCUGCAUGGCAUGCACAUCGCAAAGGAAAUGGGCGCGACACGCUUACGCUGCCUCGGCGACUCCGACCUCGUCGCUAGACAAACAUCCGGCACCUGCGACGCCACUGACGCCGACAUGAUCGCCUACAAGCGAGCGGUCGACCAGGCCGGCGCCAGCUUCGCCGGUCACGUCGUCGAGUGGGUCGACAGGCGCAAGAACGAAGAAGCAGACGCUCUGGCCAGGCUGGGGUCUAAGCGACUGCUACCUCCUCUAGGCGUCUUCCUCGACAUCCUCACCCACUCGUCGGUGCGUGUGCCCCAAGAAAUUGACAUCGCCGAGCCACCCGCACCCGACUCCGUGCUAGUCGCAAUUGUCUCCGAUGCUGAAGGUUGGACGGAACCAUACAUGAACUACCUCGAGCGGCAAGUCCUGCCGAUGGAUGAAGCAGAAGCACGUAUGGUCAUGCGCCGCUGCAAGUCGUUCACCAUCAUCAACAACGAGCUCUACAAGCGCAGCAUCUCCGGAGUAUUUCAGCGAUGCGUCACCUCCAAAGAAGGCCGCAAAAUCCUGCGUGAUAUCCACGCAGGGGACUGUGGACACCACGCGGGUGCACGAUCAAUCAUGGCCAAAGCCCUUCGACACGGAUUCUAUUGGCUUGCAGCUCACUCCGACGCAGUCGACCUCGUUCGCGCAUGCGUCGGGUGCCAGAAGUAUGCGAGUCAAUCGCACAUGCCGGGCUCGGCACUAAAGACCAUACCCCUCACCUGGCCAUUCGCUGUCUGGGGCAUGGACAUGGUGGGGAAGUUAAAGAUAGCUCCCGGCGGGUACACUCACCUCCUCAUCGCCGUGGAAAAAUUCACCAAAUGGGUGGAAGCGAAACCCAUUAAGAAGUGCGACGGCAAAAUGACCACCAAAUUCCUACGGGAGUUGAUCUACCGCUACGGAUACCCUCAUAGUAUCAUCACCGACAACAGUACAAACUUCGCCAAAGGGGAAAUGGCCGAUUUCUGCGAAGAAAACGGCAUCAGACACGACCUUGCUUCAGUCGCGCACCCCGAGUUGAAUGGGCAAGCAGAAAGGGCGAACCAGAGCAUCCUCCACAGAAUCAAACCACGAAUGGUGGUACCUCUGGAACGUGCGGCCGGAUGCUGGGCGGAAGAACUCCCCUCCGUACUCCGGGGCAUUCGCACAACACCGAACAGGUCGACCGGCUAUACGCCCUUCUUCCUGGUGUACGGCGCCAAAGUGGUCAUGCCCACCGACAUCGCCCACGACUCACCGCGAGUUGUAAACUACGUCGAAGAGGAGAACGAGCACACUCGGUAG